UUAGGUAUAAUGAUGACGAUAACACGUAAAAAGUUAAGGUUUUUUAAAUCACACACGCUACCAUAUAACAUUUCUUACUCUUUCGAUCCCAUUUAACACCUACAUUGUACUCUGUUUGUCUCACUAAAACUACACCACUUCAUGGUGUUACUUACAACAAACAACCAAAAACAUUACCAUCAUCAUCAUCAUCAUAAUUAACUAUUUCAUUAUUGUGCUAUUAUCAUAUAAAUAACGUGGUAUAUAUGAAGAAUUAUAUCAUAUGCUAUCACACAUAAAAAGUUUAAUACUUAUUUUAAUUAGUUAGCUCAUAACUAAUUAGCUUACUAUUUGAUCUAGUUCAUCAUAUGGAGAUUGAAUCAGCGGUGGGUGCACCAUCAACAAAUGACCAUACUGGUUCACAUAGAAAUUACAAAAAUGCCAUUUACGACGACGAUGACGAUUCGGAGGCGAGUGGUGGUGGAGAUGGUGGUGGCGGUGGUGGAUACGGUGGGUUAACGGUGGCGUAUUUGGUUUGGGAAGAGUUGACGGUGGUGUUACCUGGGUUUGGUAAUAAGCCCACUAAGAGAAUACUUCAAGGUCUUAAUGGGUAUGCUGAGCCCGGUAGGAUUAUGGCUAUUAUGGGCCCUUCUGGUUCUGGAAAAUCAACUCUUCUUGAUUCUUUGGCAGGUAGACUCUCAGCAAAUGUUGUUAUGACUGGAAAUAUUCUACUCAAUGGAAGAAAGAAGGGACUACAAUAUGGUGGUGUUGCAUAUGUGACACAAGAAAAUGUACUUCUAGGAACUUUGACAGCAAGAGAAACGAUCACUUACUCGGCAUAUUUGAGGCUUCCACCGAACUUAACCAAAGAAGAGAUUGAAGGGAUAGUAGAAGGAACCUUGAUGGAAAUGGGUCUUCUAGAGUGCGCUGAUCAAGUGAUCGGAAACUGGCAUUUGAGAGGUAUAAGUGGCGGAGAGCAGAAGAGGCUAAGCAUUGCCCUUGAAAUACUUACCCGCCCCCGGCUCCUUUUCCUCGAUGAACCAACCACUGGACUUGAUAGUGCUUCGGCUUUCUUCGUAGUCCAGGCUCUCAGAAGUGUGGCACGAGAUGGGGGAAGAACAGUCAUUUCAUCGAUUCAUCAGCCAAGCAGUGAAGUAUUCACAUUGUUUGAUGAUCUUUUUCUGCUGUCGUCUGGUGAAACGGUCUAUUUUGGAGAUGCUAAAAAGGCUAUUUUGUUCUUUGCAGAAGCCAGGUUCCCAUGUCCAAGUAAAAGAAAUCCAUCGGACCAUUUUCUGCGUUGUAUCAACUCGGACUUCGACAAGGUCACAGCUACGUUGAAAGGAUCAUAUCGAGGACGACAAAUCCAAAGCAUAUCAGAUCCAUUCUUAGAUAUGGAAACAGCACAAAUAAAAGCAAUGCUUAUUGACAAGUUCAAGCGAUCAGAGUACGCAGAACGAGUACGGACAAAAAUCCAAGAAAUAACAUCAAUGACAGGACUCCCAACACCAGGACAGAAAGGUAGCCAAGCGAGCUAUCGGAAGCAACUCACAACUCUAACCAAGAGAUCUUUCGUAAAUAUGUCAAGGGAUAUUGGAUAUUAUUGGCUACGGAUAGUUGUAUACAUAGCAGUAUCUCUAUGUGUGGGUACCAUCUACUAUGAUGUUGGAACAGGCUAUAGUGCAAUCUUGGCUAGAGGAGCUUGUGGUGGAUUCAUAUCAGGUUUCAUGACUUUCAUGUCUAUCGGAGGUUUUCCAUCCUUCAUUGAAGAAAUGAAGGUUUUCUACCGGGAGAGGCUCAACGGGUACUAUGGAGUGGUUGUCUAUAUUUUAUCGAACUUCCUAUCCUCAUUCCCAUUCCUGGCAGCAAUAGGAGCAAUUACAGGGACCAUAACAUGGUACAUGGUAAAGUUCCGCCCAGAAUUCUCUCACUAUGUUUUCUAUUGCCUCAGUCUCUAUGGCUGCAUAUCCGUAGUCGAGAGUUGUAUGAUGGUGGUAGCUUCCCUUGUUCCGAACUUUUUGAUGGGCCUUGUCACGGGAGCUGGAAUCAUUGGUAUAAUGAUGAUGACCUCAGGCUUUUUCCGUCUGCUACCUGAUCUUCCUAAGGUGUUUUGGCGAUAUCCUAUUUCAUAUCUCAGUUUUGGAUCCUGGGCAAUUCAGGGCGGAUACAAGAAUGAUCUUGUUGGUCUCACAUUUGAUCCACUUAUACCAGGUGAGCCCAAAUUGACAGGGGAAUAUAUUGUGAAGAAAAUGUUCGGGGUGCCAUUGGACCAUUCAAAGUGGUGGGACUUGGGUGCGGUUUUCCUGCUCAUCUUCAUUUACAGGGUCCUUUUUCUAAUUGUCUUCAAGAUCAGAGAGAGGGCAUCUCCCGUGUACCAGACAAUAUACAGAAAGAAAAUUCUAAACGACCUUAAAAAAAGAGCCUCUUUCAGGAGGAAUGCUUUUCCUUCCCGAAGAUAUCAACCUCAAUACCCAUUGUCCUAUCAAGAAGGCCUUAACUCUCCUAUCCCCUAGAAGGUGCAGAAUAGUUUUCAGGUGCACCAACAGUAUAACUCUAUAAGCUUCGUAUUUACAAAAGAGAUAGGCUCGGAAAUUGUGGAUUUCACCUGAGUUAUGUCUCAAGAACUUACGGCAUAAAAAUAGUGGUAGCGCCAUUGAAGAAACAUGCCAUGCUAUCGGAAGCGAAAUUAUCUUAAAUAGCAAAAAAAUGAUGUUUAUUUUUUUUUUGUAAUCCUAUUCCAGCUCUAUACAAUACACAAAAGCUGAAACCAAGACACCACAGCACAAUGCAAAAGAACGAUUGUUUAUUCUUGUAUCACUCACAAUUAUAGGUCAUAGUCCUAGUAUUGCUAUAAAAUUCAAAGGGACAUACAUGUUUCCAAACUCUUCCU